AGAUUUUUCCCAAGCCCGCUGGAGCAGCACCCCGGCCCCCUCCCCGAGUGGUAUACUGUUGCUUCCAGCGCAAUGUCGGGCAUGUACGUCCUGGGCGGCAUCAUCGCCGUGCUCGUCUUCUUGAUCCUGCGAAACAACUUGAGGCACAAACGUGCCGGUGACGGAGGCUUCCUCCGCUCCUUUUCGCCAUGGGAGGAUGGGAAGGAGAUCAAGCCUGUGGUGAAGCAGCAGUUCAUGUUCUGGGGAGGCGUGAUGGCAGGCAUCACUUCCGCGGCGAUCACCCACCAACUCGACGUGAUGAAGACUUGCCGGCAAGUGGGCAACCCGCUCCCCGAAACACUCAACGGCUACCUGGUGGGGAUGGUGAUGGGCUCCGUUUCCCAGGGUGCCCGCUUCGGUGUCACGCUGGUGCUGAACGCCACCCUGCAGAAGAAGCUGGACUCCUGGGAGAAGAACUUCAAGAAGGGUUCCUGCGCGCAGAUGGUCGUGGCGUUCUGCUUCAGCAUGCUGGCGGGGGGCCUUGGCGAGAUGAUGACCAACCCUUUCGGCGUGAUCAAGAACUACCAGAUCGCCAACAACAUGGGCAUCCUCGCUUCGACCCAGGCCCUCUACGAGCUCGGCGGCAUCGGGCGCUUCUUCAACGGCAUCGGCUUCGGCGUCUUCCGCAAGUCGGCCGCCAACGGCAUCAUGCUGCAGACCAUCGGGCACGUCAAGGUCGCCCUGAAGAAGGC